UGUCUCCUUCACAUCGCCCUCCAGUAACUUAGGUGAGAGUCACCGCGGCGCUACAGCUCUACAGGGACAGCCUCAGACGUGAUCCUUCAGACACAUAGCUCAAAUACUCUGAUAAAAUGGCUGUUCCUCCAUCAUAUGGUGACCUUGGCAAAUCUGCAAAGGACAUUUUUAACAAAGGAUAUGGCUUUGGAUUGGUGAAACUUGAUGUGAAGACCAAGUCAGUCAACGGGGUGGAAUUCAAAACCACUGGUUCAUCAAAUACUGACACAAACAAAGUCAACGGCAACCUGGAAACCAAGUACAAAUGGGCUGAGUAUGGACUCACUUUCACUGAGAAAUGGAACACCGACAACACCCUGGGAACAGAAAUCACAGUCGAAGACCAGAUCACCAAAGGAUUGAAGCUUACCUUUGACACAACUUUUUCACCAAACACUGGCAAGAAGAGUGGAAAGGUGAAGACUGCUUACAAGCGUGAAUAUGUAAAUCUUGGCUGUGAUGUUGACUUUGACUUUGCUGGUCCUACAAUCCAUGGAGCAGCUGUGGUUGGCUAUGAGGGCUGGCUAGCUGGUUACCAGAUGUCAUUUGACAGUGCCAAAUCCAAAAUGACCCAGAACAACUUUGCGAUUGGCUACCAGACUGGCGAUUUCCAGUUGCACACCAAUGUGAAUGAUGGCUCUGAGUUUGGUGGCUCCAUCUACCAAAAAGUGAGUGAUAAACUGGAGACUGCAGUGAGCUUGGCUUGGACCUCAGGCAGCAACAGCACACGCUUUGGCAUUGGUGCCAAGUACCAGCUGGACUCCAGCGCCUCCAUUAGUGCUAAAGUGAACAACGCCAGCCUGGUUGGAGUCGGCUACACCCAAACCCUCAGGCCAGGUGUGAAGCUGACCUUAUCUGCUCUGGUUGACGGGAAGAGCAUUAAUUCUGGUGGCCACAAGCUGGGACUGGGUCUGGAACUGGAGGCAUAACAGGAGGUCACUGGUUCAGUGACUCGGAAAGGGAUUUGUGGAGGAAUUUGGCCUUAUGAAUUUCUGGCUCCAACCAGCAGGGGAAAUCUCAGAGGGAAGAGGAAAAAACAAAGCAGGCACCCACUCCUGUAUUGCAGUUACACAGAAAAUGUCUCAGCUGCAGACCACACCCCUUUUUUGGUUUCUAGACCUUCCGUAAAAACACCUGUUUUAUUUAUUUGGUCUUUUCCCCACUCUGUGAUGUUGCCAUUCUCAUAAAAUACACUUCUUUUGAAAACGGA